GUCCACGUAACAUGGUCGCAGUUGUCUCGCGCCGCCAGACUCUUGCGCAUCUUGCAAGCGGAUAUUCAUUUUUAGUCGGUGCCGAAAAGUCAUCGAGUCAAGAUGACGGUCAAGAAGCGAGUGUCAGACCUCACCAGUCUGGAGAGGUUCAAUAUGUACUACAAGGAGCAGGAACCCAGCCUCCCCACUAACGAGAGGGUCCGGCGCUUCAUAUGGAACCCUAAAACCAAGGAGUUCUGCGGCAGGACAGGCUCCAGCUGGUCGAAAAUAGCACUAUUCUAUUUCAUAUUUUACGCUGCAUUGGCUAUCUUGGUGGCUAUUUGUAUGUGGACAUUCCUCCAACUCCUGGACCCAAGGCAGCCCAUGUGGCAAUUAGACAAAAGCAUAAUUGGCACCAAUCCAGGACUAGGCUUCAGGCCGCUCCCUCCGGAGGUUAUGAGCAGCGUUAUUUGGUACAAAGGAAAUGAUCCUGGUAGCCACCAAUUUUGGGUGAAGGAAUUGUCUAAGUUUCUGAAAGCGUACAAACGGGAUGAUAAAAAAGCCGGGGCUGGCCAGAAUAUACACAACUGCGACUUCCAGCAUCCACCACCAGCCGGCAAGGUCUGCGAUGUCGACAUCAGCACUUGGGGUCCAUGCGUCGAAGGAAACCAUUUCGCGUACCACAAGUCCACGCCAUGCGUCUUCCUCAAACUCAAUAAGAUAUUCGCGUGGAAACCACACUUCUACAAUAGCUCGGACACUUUGCCAACGGCCAUGCCUGAAGACUUGAAGAAUCAUAUCAGGAAUUUGACUGCUCAUGAUAAGAAUUAUCUGAACAUGGUGUGGGUUUCUUGCGAAGGUGAAAAUCCUGCCGACAGGGAGAACAUUGGUCCAAUUCAGUAUCUACCGAACAGAGGUUUCCCUGGCUACUACUUUCCGUACACCAAUCAAGAAGGCUACCUCAGUCCCCUGGUCGCUGUACACCUACAAAGGCCGAAAACCGGAAUGUUGAUCAACAUAGAGUGUCGUGCGUGGGCGCACAAUAUCAUGUACGACAGGCACGAGGGAAUGGGCACCGUCCAUAUAGAGAUCAUGAUCGAGUAGAUGCCAACAGAACAGUAAGACUAAGCGGGUACAGACCUGUAGACGAAGCGCAGAAUGGUACAACACUAGCAGAAUUUAGUUAAAGCAGAUAUAAACAAGAGACAAGACCUUUAGACGGAGCGCAGAAUGAUACAACAUUAGCAGAAUUUAGUAAUUAAAGCAGAUAUAAAAUAAUACUUGUGGUGAUACAGAUAUAUGAAAGAAAUACAACGGCUAGUGAACCAAAAUUAAUUUUAUCUAAAUUAUUAAAAAAUACUCCUGUUGUUGAUUGAUAAAGGGUUAUAACAGAAACCGAUGACUCAUUAAAGCCCCCUUAUGCCAUAUUUUACAGUCUUUUUCUUCGAAUCGAUUAUUACACAUUGGACAAUGUUCACACUUCAAAAAUUUACUUUAACUUCAAAUUAAGUUUAAGUUGGUUUAGGCAAUUAAUUAUUCCAAACGGACAUACCUGUUGGGCCUUAAUUCACAGUCUUUUUCUUUGAAUUGAUUAUUGUACAAUUAAUUAUAGUACUUUAAAAAUUUUUACCAAUUUCAAAUUAAGUUUAGAUUAGAUUCUUGCAAAUAUGUACUGUUAAAACAAUCCUAAUAUCAGCAGGAGAUCUUAGCUAAAUCAAUGUUUAAUAAAUCCCCAUUGUCUUGGGCACUGCCAAAACGUAUAUAUUUGUGUUCAUUGAUACUUUGAAACACUUUGCAGUAUUAUAUCAGGCGCUGAUUUCUUUUUUUUCUUAUUUUUAAUAUUGUUGUAUUGUUUUAGCAUUGUAACAGGUUAUUUUACAAUAAACUAAUUACAUUAUUAUUAUAUAUACUAAUUAAUACAUUGAGCAGUCAAAGUUGUUUGUAAGAAUCCGCCAUUUUGAUUUGAAAUGAAAACGAACGUGUAUGUUCCAUUAUAUUGUUAGAAAGA